UCUCUUCACCAGCCUAUCUUCUCCCCUCCAUCAUCAUCAUCAUCAUCAUCAUCAUCAUCUUAAUUUAUAUAGUCUCUCUAUAACAAUCUGAUAAUCAUGGGUGAUCAGAAUAGCUCUCAAGCCUCUUACAUCCAUCUGGUGCAUCAUUUGAUAGAAGAAUGUAUAUUAUUCAACAUGGGCAAAGAAGAGUGUAUGGAUGCUCUGUUCAAGCAUGCUAAUAUCAAGCCUAUCAUCACUUCCACAGUGUGGAAGGAGCUAGAGAGAGAGAACAAAGAGUUCUUCGAGGCAUACGAGAGAAGACGAGAAGAAAUACCGACCGAGAAAGAGACAGCUCGAAGAAUCCGAGAUUUGCUUUCACGAACUACUAUCUAAGAUCAUGACACCCCUACCUUUUUUUACUUACGCAUACAUUCGCAUACACAUACCUAUACUAUAUAUGGGUAUGUAUAUAUGCAUGUAUGAUUAAUAAAAAAAAUUGUAUAUGUAUGAUCCGAUUCUAUAUACUUAUUAGGGACAUAUAUAUAUGUGUCGUGAUGUUCGUUAGGAAUGAAUAAAUUCACUAAAUAGGAAUAUUUCUUUUUCAUCUCCAUUUAUGAAGUUUCUUUGCACCCCUUUUUUCCUUCAUGAUAUAAUUCCAUUUGCAUAUGUAUCUCAAUUAUAUUAGAUCGUGCUUUUACAUUCUU